UAUAUAUAUGCAUGCCGAAAAAGCGCGCCUUCUUUUCCAGGCGGCCUUCUGGGGAGGUGGAGGUAUUUCUGCUCCUUUUGUCUCUCUUCCUGUGGCCCUUUUCCCGGCGCCGCCAUGGGCUUCGGAGACCUGAAAUCCUCCGCGGGGCUGAAGAUCUUGAACGACUUCUUAGCGGACAAGAGCUACAUCGAGGGGUAUGUCCCAUCCCAGGCUGAUGUUGCAGUAUUUGAAGCUGUUGGAUCUCCUCCUCCUUCUGAGCUCUUCCACGCCCUCAGAUGGUACAACCACAUUAACUCUUACAAGCAAAAGACAAGUCUGCCAGGAGUGAAGAAGGCUUUGGGGAAAUAUGGCCCAGCAGAUGUUGAAGAUGCCACUGGCGGAGACAGCAAAGAUGACGACGACAUCGAUCUCUUCGGCUCUGAUGAUGAAGAGGAAAGUGAAGAAGCGAAAAGGCUGAGGGAGGAGCGACUUGCCCAGUAUGAAUCAAAGAAAGCCAAAAAACCAACCCUUGUCGCCAAAUCAUCUCUCUUGCUGGAUGUGAAGCCUUGGGACGAUGAGACGGACAUGGCCAAAUUGGAGGAGUGUGUGAGAAGCAUUCAGGCUGACGGCCUAGUCUGGGGAUCUUCCAAACUGGUUCCAGUUGGUUACGGAAUCAAGAAGCUUCAAAUUCAGUGUGUCGUUGAAGACGAUAAAGUCGGGACGGAUAUGUUGGAAGAGAAGAUCACCGCCUUUGAAGAUUAUGUACAAUCGAUGGAUGUAGCUGCUUUCAACAAAAUCUAAUCUCUGAUAGAAUCCAGAAUUAAAAACUAUUGCAAAGCU